GGAACCUAUAAGAGUCAUUGCACACAAUAUCUCGCAACUGUCGGUCACUCUGUCCAGUCUUCGUGUAAACAGGUUUCGGUUCACCCUCGAACGUUUAUCUUCUUUCAAUCCUGUAUGGGCCCACCUGACAGAUGUUAUGAUCGAUAUAAGGGGGGCGGAUGUCAUUCUCCACUAACCUCUCCUCGUUAACGACUCGCAUAUAUUUCGACGACGACGAGGCCCUGGAUCCAUUCACGCACAACAAACUUCAAUCCUUACACAUAACUUGUACGUACAUAACGCACGCGCUUCAACUGUCCGACCUGUUCAAUGCUCUUUCACUCCCUAAUCUGCACAUGCUUCAUAUUUGGGAUGUACCGGGGUGGCCUCAUGAGGCAUUCAAGACGUUCCUCGCACGAUCAAAGUGUCCACUAGAGAGCCUUGUUGUCUUCAGUAAAAGUAAAAUGAAAGGUGGGCAGUUAGCGGAGAUAGAUGAAUGUUACUCUUCAUCUGUAACGCAAGUCUCCAGACCCACCAGCACUAGCAGUGGAAAAUUUGAGGGCGUACAAGGGCACUGGAGUAGGUCCACUUAUUCUCAACAGUUAAUGGACAAGCUGAACCACCGGACUUCGGUCGAGGGGCCGAGAAUAUGUAAGUCUGCCAUGCUCGAGGACGGCGGUCAGAUACAAGCACACGAGGAGCACUCGCAGGCGCCGGUAUCACCGACGCUCAGUUCUUAGAGUAUGACAAUAGUGGAAUGAGGCCA